UUUCUUUCCUUCUUGUAUUUCAACGAGAAAAGGUGGGCAUUUUGCGUUUGUUCUCGAUUUGGUUAAGUUCUAGCGUUCUCUCAGCGUCCCAAGCGCUCCGCAAGUGUAGAGGUAUAAUGCCUGCACCACGUGUUGCCGUCUAUUUGGCUGCCGGCCCGCUAAACCUCGGAGACGUGAGAUGGCAACCUCUUCGCACCUCAAUUGGUUGAUCAUUCGCAACAACAACGCCUUCUUGUUGAAGAAGCGCGAUGUGAAGAAGCCCUUCAGCACAGAGCCAAACAACUUGGCCAGCGUGAGCUCGUACCGCUACAGCGGCAUCGUGCACAAGAAGACCCUGGGAGUCGUGCCAGCUGCCGACAAGAAGGGCUUCACCGCCGUGCUGAAGAAGGGCAAGUAUGCCCAGCGCCCCGCCAAGAACACCGUGCGUGUUGACUUCAAGGCCGGUCCCCGCCGUUCCCUGAAGAAGCUGAAGAACCUGCUUAUCGGCUCCAAGUACCGCAAGGACCUGACACAGGCUGCCCUCCGCCGCGCUUCCGCUGUCCUGCGCUCCCAGAAGCCCGCCCCCGUCAAGGGAAAGAAGGCCGAGUUUGCUAAGGGAAAGAAGCCCGAAUAAACUGUACCAGAUUGGGGCUAUGCGGAGCUGUUUUCUACUCGAGAAUAAAGAAAAAAUAUUAAAAACACCGUAAUAUUAAUACAGUUCUGUGGUUAUUUGUCGAUAAUGGGUAGCGACCAAGUACUGCAUACUUUGGGGCGGUAGUUAUGAAAUUUUCUAUAACCAUGAAUGAGCUUACCAUAUAUAUUGUUGCUUAUUAAACGACAAACUAUAUUAUUGUUGAUACAAAAGGUAUCUUUAGAUCAAUCAAUCUUUGUUUGCCUAAAUGAUUCUC